AUAACCCCAUGUGCAUCAAUAUCUCCUCCUCAUUCCCCGCCAUUACUUUCCAAUUCCACUCACUUUCUCUCUCUUAAAUCCUCCAUCAAUACUGACUUCAGUUCAACUCUUUCAACAAAAAAGAAAAAUCUCAACCAAAAUGCCUACAAAAAUCAUAAAACCCAACUUUCUCUCUCUAACUCUGCUUCUCUCUCUCAUCUCCACCCUUUCCAUCGCUUUCACACCUCCAGACAACUUCCUCGUCAACUGCGGUUCAAACACCAAUCUCAUGUUCGCCGGCAGAGAGUUCGUUAGUGACAACAUUGAACCCGGGUCGGGUUUUCUCUCUUCACACAAAUCAAUCACUCUCUCAAACCCAAACCCGGACCCGAACUUGUUCAACAUUUACACUACAGCAAGAGUUUUCACUAGCGUGUCAAAUUACCGUUUUAACCUCAACAAAACCGGAACCCAUUUCGUUCGUCUACAUUUUGCCCCGUUUAAUUCAACAAAUUACACUCUCACCACUUCGAAUUUCAGUGUUUUAGUCAACGGGGUUUCAAUUUUGACCAAUUUUGGUACAAAGUCAACGCUUGUGAAAGAGUUCAUACUCAUGGUAAACAAAACCCACCUCGAAUUAACGUUUAAUCCUUUCGGAGAUACUAAUGUUGCGUUUAUUAAUGCAAUCGAAGUGUUCUCUGCUCCACUUGAUCUCAUUGUUGACGGUGGAGCAAAGUUAGUUAACGGUAACGGUAACGGAAUUCAAGAAUUUAGUAAUUUGUCAUCUCAGGUUUUGGAAACUGUUUACAGAAUUAACGUAGGUGGUUUAAAGUUAACGCCGUUUAAUGACACCCUUUGGAGAAAUUGGGUACCUGAUGAAGAGUUUUUGUUAAUAAAAUCAUCUGCAAAAAGUGUUGUAACAACACAUGUUCCUAAUUAUCAAAAGGGGGGUGCUACAAACGAAGUGGCUCCUGAUAAUGUUUAUAUGACUGCACAAGAAAUGAAUAGGGGGAAUUUGAGUAUAAAUUCUGUGUUUAAUUUAACAUGGGGGUUUCCGGUUGAUUCGGAUCGGGGUGUUAGGUAUUUUGUUAGGCUGCAUUUUUGUGAUAUAGUUAGUUUGUCGUUGAAUCAGUUGUAUUUCAAUGUGUAUGUUAACCGGUUGUUGGCGUAUAAGGAUCUUGAUCUUUCGUUGUUGUCGUUUCAUGUGUUGGCGUCUCCGUUUUAUGCGGAUUUCGUUGUUGAUUCGGAUGGGACGGGGGUUUUGGAAAUAAGCGUUGGCCCGUCGGAUUUGAGUACUAGUUUGAGGAAGAAUGCGAUUUUGAAUGGUGUGGAGGUUAUGAAGAUAGUGAAGCCGGCGGGUGGGGGGUUUUCGCGGGAGAAGAAUAGCGUUUGGGGUUUGGUUGUUUUGAUUGUUGGAGGGUUGAUUGUUACUUGUUGCUUGGUAUUAGCGAUGUUGAUUGUUUUGAAACUGAGGAAGAAAACUAGAGCGAAAACUAGACGGGUUGAAAGCAACGGGUGGACUCCUUUACGCGUUCAUGGGAGUACGCAUAGUAAGUUUUCGGAAGUAACAAAUAAUGUUAACAAGUUGAAGAUCCCUUUCGUCGAUUUACAGGCUGCAACGAAUAAUUUUGAUAAGAGUUUGAUAAUCGGUUCGGGGGGAUUCGGUAUAGUUUACAAAGGUGUUCUUCGUGACAACUUACAAGUUGCGGUGAAACGAUGUGUUUCGGGUUCGAGACAAGGGCUCCCGGAGUUCCAAACAGAAAUUACGAUUUUGUCCAAAAUCCGACACCGCCAUCUUGUUGCGUUAGUUGGUUAUUGUGAAGAGGAUUCCGAGAUGAUCCUUGUAUACGAGUACAUGGGAAAGGGCCCGUUAAAGAGCCACUUAUACGGGUCAAACCUACCGCCAUUGUCGUGGAAACAAAGGCUCGAAAUUUGCAUUGGGGCUGCAAGGGGGAUUCAUUAUCUUCACACGGGCUCGACACAAGGUAUAAUUCAUAGAGAUGUGAAGUCGACUAAUAUAUUACUUGACGAAACUUACCUCGCGAAAGUGUCGGAUUUUGGGCUCUCGAGGUCAGGCCCGUGUAUGAGUGAGACUCAUGUUAGCACAAAUGUGAAGGGUAGUUUCGGGUAUUUAGAUCCCGAAUACUUUCGACUACAACAACUUACCGAUAAAUCAGAUGUUUAUUCCUUUGGGGUCGUGCUUUUCGAAGUGCUAUGCGCACGACCCGUUGUUGACCCAUUGUUGGGUCGCGAAGAGAUCAACUUAGGUGAGUGGGCGGUCCGAUGGCAGAAGAAAGGGUUGCUUAAAAAGAUCGUGGACCCCCGUAUCGUCGACGAGAUAAAACCGGAGUCUUUGGCAACGUAUGGGAACACAGCCGAGAAAUGUUUGGCGGAAUAUGGUGUCGAUAGACCGACAAUGGGUGAUGUGUUGUGGAACUUGGAACACGCACUUCAGCUUCAAGAAGCCGGAAGUGUCAAUGCAACUAGCGUCGGUCAAACCAGCGAACCGAACAUUAUAGCCGGUGUUGGGUCGAGCAAUGUAUGUUGAUGGUUCGCUUUGGGGCACGAGAACACGCCGAAUUUUUUCAAAGUUGAUGACCAACCAACGAUGGCAUGUAACACGUUGUCAAUUUAUUUUGGUCAUUUACUGUUAUUUGUAUAAUGUCGUUUUGAGAAGGUUUGUAAAACGAAUGAAGAUAUAAUAUAAUAUAACUGUUUAUAAAAA